AUACCUUGGACAUUGUACCCCGUUAAUCUCAGCUGUGACUAAUUCUUUCUUUACCGAGUAGUUAUAUAUUUAAAAACGAAAAUAAACAUUCCACGUGGAGUCCUUAGGAUUUGUAAUGUUUUUUGAGAGGUACAUGUAACCAGAUGGAAAGUGAAGGGAUACUUGGAAUUUCAUAUCCAGUGCUACUAACUACGUUAGUUGUUGGAAUAGUGACAUGGAUAUUUUAUGAUCAAGUUCAAUUUUUCGCAAAACAUUUUCUAGCAAAUUUAAGUUGGCAAGUGUUUUCAAUAUUUCCUAUCAUUUCAUCGCUAUUUUAUGGACGCAUACCAACAAAUAGAAGGUAUUUUAGCAUUGGGGUGAAACUAGCCAACAAGUACCUGAUUGGAACUAAGUACAUAGUCAGGGGACAGAAGUAUGUCGAAGAUGACUUCGCGUGUAUCAUCAUUUCUAACCAUCAGAGCUCUCUUGACGGAAAUUUCAUGGUUCAACUUGGGAAUUAUAAGGGCUCCAUUGUUAUAUUGAAGAAAUCCCUCCUCUACGCCUCCGGACUCCUCGGUAUCGCUUUCUACUGCACUGGUGCUAUAUUUGUCAACAGGAGCAACCCCGAGAGUGCCAAAAAAUCUCUCAAUAGCGCUCUAGAUAGAAUUGUCAAAGAAAAGUUAAAGCCUCAAUUUUACCCUGAGGGAACUCGUCACAUGGGGAAAGAAAUGUUACCAUUCAAGAAGGGUGCAUUUGUAAUGGCAAUUCAAGCGCAGAUCCCGAUACUUCCGGUAGUUACUUCUAGCUACCGCCAUUUCUAUGAUAAAAAGAGAAAAAUAUUUAAACAAGGUACUGUUAUUGUGACGUGUCUUCCGCCCAUUCCUACAAAAGGACUUACCUUAAAUGACCUCGAUGACUUUGUACAAAAAGUGAGGAAGACGAUGCAAGAAACAAUAGAUAAAACAACUGAAGAAGUUGAAAAUAACUUGUGAAUGAUUGGAAUUUACUUGGAUUUAUUUACAUGUA